CCGCACCGCGGGCGUCCCGGCCCCAGCAGACAGCAACAGGCCAGCCGCCAGCAGCAGGGCUAGCGGCAUCACAUCAUCCAGCAGCCGCUCCGAUCCUCCAACCGCAGCGGUCAACUGUCAGCUCAGCCCGGAAGACGGACCAUCCUGCUUCAAAAUCCUAGAUCCGCCACUGGCUGUGCGCUGCGGUACGCCACACUCGGUUCCUACACGCGUCCCCUGUUGAUCCCCUUCCCAGUGUCGCUGUGCCACGCGAUGGCAGCGGCGCCUUCCACCUCCUCACCGUCCGGGGAGAUCCCCGUCGAGAGAUCGCCUACUGUCUUCAGCAGCGGCGACGGCCAUGCAUCGCCCUCAAGGGCCGAAUUGCUUAGCAUGGUGAAGAAACAUUCACAUUUGAUUGGUUGGACUGUCGUUGAGGCUGAAGAUGAUCCAUCAGAUGUCGAGAUGGAUGAUGAAUUCUGGCAUGAAAUGCUUGAUCUUUUCUUUGUGCGUGGUAGGGUGUCAAAGAGCAGGGAAGAGGAUGACCUUGUCUUCUUUGUCAAUAGCAUGAAAAUGCAUGGCUAUGGGUUCAAUGAUAAAAUGGAAGAUCCACCUCCCUUUUUCGUCCGGAGAUGGGCCCCUGCGCUUGAAAAGCUCAUCAAUGUUAAUUCAUCUGAGCUUGAUUGGGAACGUUCGUUCUAUUUGAAUUUAGUCGCUCACACGUCAUAUACUGUCACAGUUGCAAUAUGCAGAAUUGGGGAUCUCCGCAAUCGUGCAGAGAAAAGCAAACGGGUGCCUCCAGUUUACAAGGUUUCGAAAACUGUAUAUGCAUCUCCUAGCCGCGUAAAUUUCCGUCUUGAUCGAAGGAAGGCUGUAGAAACAGUACCUGCAUAUCCUAACAUUUGUUUCUCAGUUGAUGACUUUGAUGAUCCUUUUGAUGCGGUGGUUUUGUCAGACCCUGAGCACUGCUACUGUGUGAUUCUCAAUGCGCAUGAUGGGGCAGCAUUUCCUGAAGAAACUGAAUCAAACAAUGCCAGUUCAAACAUGCAAUCCGGGGCCAACUCUGGGAGCAGUGCCGAGAACCCACCAAAGAGAACUCUCUUCUCGGGCUUUGUCAGCUACCAAAACGUUCGUGAAGCUUAUGAUGCUGGCAGAUCCAAGUUCGGGAGCUUCCUCUCACUUGGUCAAGAUAGUACUAAACUCGAUAAACUUUUCAUGAGGGGCCCUGAAGGACGCGGGGAAGUUGAAGUUGCUGUUUCUGGGAUUGCAGAUCAGAGCCGUGAGGGAUCAAAGAAAGAUCCUGGAGAGAACUUCCGGGUUCUUGUUCAUAGGGCGGCUUCUGCUGCAUCAAAGUUAGCAAAGCAUGCCUUUGAGGCUGCUUCUGCAAACAAACGAUUGGAUGAUGAGCUUCUUCCUCUGAAGUGUUGUUUGAUGUCAGUAUCUCUUCCUUGGGACUACAUUGCCCACGACCUGCUGCACAAGGAAACGCCACCAUUGGAUUUCUGAGGCUGUAACUCCACUGCAGCGUAAAGGGGUGGUUCGUAAAGAUUGUGCAGAAUAUGUGUGCCUGAACAUGUUGUAGACUCUGAUUGCAUAUGUGAAAGGAUGGAGCUACACAAGAAACUGGGAUAUUAUGUACAUGUACUUUAUUAGACCAAACUUAUAUAGUUUGAUCUUGUCUCUGUGCAGACUUGAUAACUAGAGCAUGUAAAUAGUGAAUGGUUUUCUCCUUCUGAGAAAAAAAAGAUACCAGUGUAAUCUUUCAUGGUUCUUC